UCUUGACGACGACCGAGGGCGAUUCGGUGCUGGAUCUGUCUUUCGGAUUUCGCUAGUAAUGUGUGCAGCCCAUGAGCCAGGAGGAAGCAGGAAAAGCCGACAUUACAGUGUGCAGAUCAGUACCUCUGAGGCAUUAUCCACUGUGCCAGAGGGCGAGGCUGUCGUGGAGAAGGUGAGGGGUGGAGGUGCCCUUUUUAACUUCAGCAUGGAAUCUGCCUGGAGAAGCAGGAGUGCAGUGGGGCCCAGACAGUGGGACGACCUGGCAGACUCCCUGUCCAUGGGCCACCCAGAGAAGGAGCAGCCACCUGUCAAACCCGGGGAGCACCAGGACCGCCGCUGGUUGGGGUGGUCCCACCAGACGGGCCUGACCCGGAGAGAGCAGCUGAAGAUGAUGAGGGAAUUCGAGCGGCUUGUCCUGAGGAAACAGGAUCUGAGGGAGAGGAACAAGGCAGCAGGAAGGCAUGAGAGGAAGCUGGAUCAGGAGCUAAGGAAGCUGUCUUUUGACAAUGUGCCCAGCAGAGGGCGCCUCUGCAUAAUCAGCCAUGUUUUCGACAACCUCUGCCAGGGGUCUCGGGUCCUGGGGGGGAUUCUAAAAGAAAUCAAGACGGAGUAUGACCUUUAUUUGAACUCUCUCCUCGAAUCCCAGGCAGACUAUCAUGGCGUGCCGAUGGAGUGCUCCCAAGAUGGGGGUGGCGGCAGCAUCAUGGGAGCACAAGACCUGGAGGAGGCCAGGGUGGAGGUGUCAAGGCUGGAGAAGGAGGCCUGGGAGGCUCUGGAGGAGAACGAAAGAGUCCGGUGUGAGCUGCAGUCGGUGCUGGAUCAACCCUGCAAAGAUGAAGAUAUGACACAGCAGGUGGAUGGACAGAAGCUGGGGGAGGGUUCAAGCUCCUCUGCAGACCAACUUCAGCUCAAGAGCCAACAAGUGUGUAAUGCAAAAGAAGAGGUCCAGACCCUGGAGAGGGAGAGCAGAGAAAGUGGAGUUUCCACUGACACGGCAAAGCAAAGCAUGGGAGAUGCAAAGCCCGAAAUAAUAAGACUUCUGGCGUCAAAUGAGCAUCUCCGAAAUAGCAACAAGGAUUUCGAAGGCAACAUCAGUGUGGUUUUCCAAAGGGCCAAAGUCACCGAUAACAUGAAGCAACAGCUGUGGGACAAGAUAUGGACCGCCCUGAGGCAUGAUGGCGACGCAGCCAAUGAAACUGUCAACCGGUGAACUACCGAAAAAGAGUGCUAUGAGUUUAUCAUUAUAAAACAACAUGGCAUAAAAUAUGAAUAUUUAUAAUAUUUUUACUGUCAUAUACAGGAGCUCUUUGCUUGUCACACACCCCAUCUUUCACACCAUGCAAGAUACUCAUACAUAUUUCUACUCAGCAGCUGGGGUUAAUGGUCUUGCCAUUAAUCACUCUGUCGGAACAUGGGAUUUGAAUCCAUAACCUUCCUAACACAGGCAAUGACCCCUAUCCCAUAAUAAUUAGGAUAAUCUUUUACUCCCCACAAUUAUAUGAUUAUUGGAGUUUCAGCUCCAUGAAUUUCAAUUUCCUAAUAGAUAUACCCUGUAUGUAUUCUUGAUAGUCUAUAUUAAGAAUCACAGGAGAUAUAAAUUCCAUAGUGUAUAUCCAUCCUUCUUGCGACUGCUAUCCGGUAUAGACAGAGCUGUAGGCAGGGCUGGACUGGGAUUAAAAAUCAGUCCCCAUGGUGAUGAUGGGGGUUCCCCACAAUACAUAUAUUAUUUUUUGCUGGCCCAAAAACCCAUUGGCCCAUUGAAAAAAAUGCCGACGGCCAAUCCAACCUUGACUACCAGGCUAUAGUUAAUAAUUCAGCUGAUUUCAUUGGUUAAUUCUUCUGUUCACUAGGUGGUUGUGUUCUACAGUAAGACAGAAUGUAAAACAAAAUUAAUGAUUUCAUGCUAGACUGGACAAACACAGAGAGCAUAAGCAGGAUAUUUAUGCUUAUAUAUUAGACUAGUUGUCUUUUAUCUAAGCCCCUUUACGACCACUACCCACUUUAUAAAAUAAUAAAUAAAAACCAAACGAAUAGCAAUCAUAAUAGUUACAAAAAGAGUUGGCCUGAAAUGAGCUGCUGAUCUGUCUCUGUGCAGCUCCAGUGCUGUGGUCUAGUCUCCACACCACAAUCAAAUAAAGUCGUCCCAGAUGUAAUAUGGAGGAAUGGUCACUACAAAGCUUGCAUGGGAAUCCCAGUCUCCUUCAGAUCAUAUUGAAGACAGUACAGUGUCUACAUUUCAGGAGCACAUGUCAUAAGAUGUAGCCUUCAGGUUGAACCUCUUGGCUCCCUUUUCUGGACCAUCUCCAUGCAUGUUUUUUCUCAAGAAGAACAAAGAACCCGACCUGCAUAUAUAAAAAAAAUUAAUAUUUUCUGAUCUUUCCCCAGAGCAUCAUUCAGAUAACACAUUCAGCAGAGUUGGCUCAAGGGGUGACAGCAUAAAGCUUAGAUGAUUUCUGGUUGGUGUACACCUACUAGGGCUACUCUACUCUUCAAAUUUCUUUCGUCUUUACUUGACUGAGGCAGACAAUUUUAAAUUACCGGAAUGCUGCUAUGCUGUAAUCAAGGACGUAAUGGGUCGGCAUUGGGUGAACUUUACCUUCAAGCAAUCAAAACAAUUAAAAUAAAAUUAAAAAGUGAAACUGCACUAGGUUGCUUUUUUCCCUCAUCUCGGUUAUUUCAGCAUCCACAGUGCCAAACUGGAGCUGAUUACAUUUCAAGAUAAAUUGCCGUAAAAUUGAAGCAACGCUGCUUAGUGGCAGCAAAGGGAUGGGUGAAAGCAGAUGCCGUUUGACCUUGUGAAUGUGAUAAGUCAAAAAGUAUUCGAUGGAUCUUUUUACUGCUUUGCAAAAACACUUUAUGGAUGAAAAUCCACACCUGGUGCCAUUUUCAGACAAUGAGACAGCAGCGCUGUAUGUGUUUAUGUGUGAAAAUGAGAGCUUAACCACACGUAACCAUUCCGAGACGUGAGUUCAGCCAUCAAGCAAGCUAAUUUGUACUUGGGCAUUUUGUAACUACUGAUCUUGUUAAUUGUAGCUACUCCUUCAUAUAUACUGCUGAUUUUUUGUAAAUUUUUUAUUGUGUAAGUCAUGAAAUUAAGUCUUUUGGGAAAUAUGACGAUUAGAGUCUGUAUGUUGUGCAAUCACCCCAUAUUGUAAAAUAAACCG